UAAUACUUUUUUAAGUAACCAUGUAUAAGCGUAUUUUCAACUCUGUUCUGUCUAAAAAAAUACAAAAAACAUUUCGGAAAAACGAGGGUAGCGUAACGUGAUUCGUGGACAAAGUCUCUGCCUUGUACGCAGGAAAAGCGAUCGGAGAUUUCCUUUUAGAUAAAUUGAGGAAUAUUACGUGGCGCAGAAGGACAGGCGCACGUUUUGACUUUUGAGAGCUGCUGUUAACUCUUAUGGCAAACAACAUUACUCUGGACUUUGAAAAUAUUAGUCCAUUAUUUGUCACAGAUAUACAUAUUUUGGUUUUGAGGUGGGCUAUUUUUACGGAGAGGCUGGUGUUUUGCCUGCAAGUAGGGGUUUUUGUUUUUUGUAAGCCAUCUGUCGCAUAAUUAUUUUUCACAGACCAGUCUGCAAUAAUCUAACGUAUAGGUGCUAGUACAAGUUCAUCCCCCUUUCCAUCCUUGUACUCAAUGUACAUUUCAGACAUAAAAAAUGCAUUUUAUUUUCUCUUUCUUUACAGAAAUCCGAUCCUUCAACCCAAAGCCCAGACCAUUCUCCAUAUCCUCCAACUAGACACACUUUUUGUACAAAUAAAAUUUUAUAAAACACUAAAAAUGAUCGUAGAGCAGAGCAGCUCUCAAAAGUUGUUUGUGCUUUAUUAACGGAAAUUAAAUGCAUUUUAAAUUAGGAUCCAAGCAUAAGUUUUGCUGUAAAUAUCGCUGUUCCUGCGGGACAAGGACCGCUCAAGUUUUACAUAUCAACCGUAGACCGGCUUGCUCUGAGGCCGUGUGCCCUUUGCAAGCCAACCCUUGCUCAAACUUUUUGUACGUUGUAGCGGAGUUUUGUAGCUGUAGCAAGCUCUUCGAUCCGAGAGAACUUUUUAGCGUCCCCUUGCUCACCUUUUAGCUGUUAGCUUAUAGAAGGCUCUCUGUGUAUUAGUGUGUAGUCGUCGCUAUACCUCUUUAACAUGCUUCUCUGUUUCUGUUUCUUUUUUCUUUUACUCUUUCUGUGUCCUGUUUGCUAACCUGCAUGUCUCCUUUUCGCGCGUGUGUGUCUGUGUUCGCGCGUACCUGUGCGUGUGUGUGUGUGUGUGUUGCGGUGCCGCGUAUGUAACAUCCACCAGACACUACUUCUGUCGGGGGAGGGGAGGGCGACCGCGUCGUGUGGCCUCCGCAGCCCGACGACGACAGUCUCCUCCCCGUUGCCACUGCCUGCCCCAUCUACGUCCCCCCCAAGCCCUCCGACCCCGUCCUGUUCCCCGCCCCGCCACAGCCGGCUGAGCGCGGCCGCGGAAGGUCGGCCUUCGCGUCGGUCCAGCACAACGAGGGCCGGCCCCGCACACCGACCGUCCACUUCCAGGACGAGGCGGGCAGCCCGUCCAGCCCCGUGACGGUCAACAAGAAGAUGUCGAUGUGCUCGCGGGAGGUGUGCGACCUGUCGGCGCGCCUGCAGACGCUCACCGCCGCCCUGGCCACGCACAUGAUGGUGGAGUCGCUGUCGCGGCCGUCGUCCCCCGUCCCGGACCAGAAGAUGUCCGAGCCCGUCGUCACGGCCCUGCAGAACAUCGUGUACGGCUCCUCGCGCGCCACGCCUACGCCGUGCAUACCGGCGCCGCCGCCCCCGCCGCCUCCGCCGCCACCGCGGCUCGAGCUUCCCGACGGCACGGAGUCCGGGCGGCCGCACUCCGUCCGCGGGCUGUCCCCGGAGCCGCGGCCGCCCACCCCCGGACAGCUCGUCUCAUUCCCGCCGGACCUCCCGCCGGAGAUGUGCUCCAGGUCAGCGUCGCGCACCAGCAGAUGCCCCAGCAGGGCGACCAGCAGGGCGGCCACGCCCCAGCCCGAGUGGCAGUCGCAGUUCGUGUCCGCUCUCACCACCGCGCCGACCCGCGGCUACUCACCCUUCGUGCCCGCGUCCACGCUGGCCGGCGGCCCCGGCGGCGGCGUCGUCAGCGGCGACCCCAUGGAGGCCAGGCGGCGACAGGAGGAGGCCGCGGCGCGCGCCUCGGUGCAGGUGGAGCGCGCGCAGCAGGUGCAGCAGGCCCAGCAGGUGCACCGGUCCCAGCGCGAGCAGGAGGUCGAGGAGGCGCAGGCGUACGGCCACGCCAGGCUGAUGGAGAUCGAGGAGGCCGCGUCCUGCGCCGCCCAGUGCAAUGUCCAGUGCAACGAGACCACGACGGAGCAGCGGCAGUCUUCGGCGUCACUAUACGCCGCCCAAGAAGCGGAGGCCUCGCUCAGCCGCAGGGUCGAGACCUCGUCCGCGCUGCGGCCUGUGGACCCGGGCCCCUCGCUGCAGCCAGCCGCGCCGAGCCCCGCCCCCGCCGCGGGACCGCUCACGGGCCCCAUCAUGUACCGCGCCACGGCCAGCCCCAUCCACAUGCGCACGUUCGACGCCGACCUGGUCACCGAGGAGAGGGUCGAGGAGACCAAGAUGGCCGCCGAGAGGACAGUGUUCGGCGCUGACGAGGCGGAGACGACAGUCAUCGAAAAGGAGAUCACGACCACCAUUUCGCACCCCUCAUCCGGGGAGUCCACCUGCCAGCAGCAGUGCGGUUCAAGCCAGUGUGGCUCAAAUCAGUGUGGCCAACAGCAGUGCGGUUCAAGCCAGUGUAGCUCAAAUCAGUGUGGCUCAAAUCAGUGUGGCUCAAACCAGUGUGGCCAACAGCAGUGCGGCCAACAGCAAUGUGGCCAACAGCAAUGUGGCCAACAGCGCUGCGGACAAGUCCGUCAGUGCUGCCAACAGCAGAACCAGUGCAGCCAGGGCCAGUGCCGGAGUCGGCAGACGUCUUGCCAGAACACCCAGAGGACGACGUGCUGCUGCCAGCAGCGGUCUGUGUGCUCUGCCUCCGCAUGCGGCGCGUCGACAUGCUCACCGACGUGCUGCCGCCACGGGCCAGGCCUGAUGACGCCCCAGCCCUUCAGGAGGCUGGUCGAGUCGCCCGCGCCUUGCUGGUCCUGCCCCAAUAGCGAGCCCUCGUGCCGGUCCACCCCGUGCCCGCAGGUGGCGCAGUCCUGCAGAGCGACGCCGUGUCAGCAGGUGCAGCAGGUGCAGCAGGCGCCACAGUCCUGCAGGGCGACGCCUUGCCAACAGGUUUCACAGCCCGCGCCGACCUGCAGGUCGACGCCUUGCCAGCAGGUGGCACAGCAGGUGACCCAGCAGCCCUGCAGGUCGACCCCGUGCAGGUCCACGCCUUGCCCGCAGGCUGAGCAGCCUGAUCGGCUCUGUGAGGUGCCCGUCCAGAAGAACAACCCCGCACCCUGUAGAUCAGCGACGCCGGAGAAACCGCACAGGGCGACGCCGAGCCGAUCGAGCAGGCCGACCGGUCGCGUGGAGAAGCGAUCAAGUCCGUCCCCCAUCACGAGGAGGGUGUCUGAGCCCGCGGCGCCCCUGGCGGUCCGCAGCGCCGUGUCCUCCCCGGCGCCGCUCCCUGCCCUGUUGACGCCCCGGCCGACGCCCACGCCCACGCCGCUGCCCCCCACGGACGAGCCGUACAUGCCGCGGCCGCCCAGUCUGCAGGCGCCGGCGCCGCGCCCGAAGCGCUCCGUGUCGCCCAUCACGGCCGCGGCGCGCUGCGUGUCGCCCUUCCUGGCCGACAUGGCGGUGAACGCCAUGCGGGCGCACUCCCCCGUGCCCGCGCGCGACGACACGCCGCCGCCCGCGCCGCGCCAGGCGCCCUCGCGCUGGCCGCCGCCCCCGCCGCCGCCGCCCAUGCCGCAGCCCCUGUACAACACGCGGAACCCCGUCAUCACGGAGGGGCAGAGGCGGGUGCAGCAGCAUCAGCAGCUCCAGGAGAAGGUCCAGCGCACCCUCGCGGCGAGGACGCCCGAGCCGGAGCCCGGCCCGCAGGCGAGCGCGUGGACACCCCCCGGCCGCAAGCAGUACGAGCAGCAGGAGAGGAAGCUCAGCCCUUUCCAGGCCAAGAUCGACUUCUCGCAGAAAAGUAUCCAGUCCCUCACUCUACAACAGGAGAUAAGGCAGGAGCAGCAACGGUCUCAGGUCUUAAACCAACAGAUUCAGCAACAGAAACAAACGUGGCAACAACCUCAACAGAAAACACAACCCCCACCGGCUAAGGCUCAACAACAGAGGCCACCACAGCAACAGCCUGCUCAGUGGCAGAGGCAGCAACAACAGCCCCCACCACAGCCACAAAAACAAUCAGUUCAGUCACAACCGCAACCACCAACGUGGCAAAAACAACAACAACGGCAACCCUCUCCCCAGAGAUUGCCUCAGCAGCAACAACCGCAAAAACAGCCGCAACAACUUCCCCAGUGGCAACAACAACAACAACAACAACAACAACAACAACAACAACAACAACAACAACAACAACAACAACAACAACAACAAGUAGCGCCUCAGAAGCAGCAGGCGCCUCAACAACAGCCGUGGCUCCAGCAGCAACAGCAACAGCAGCAGCAGGCACCCCAGUGGCAGCAGCUGCAGCAGCAGCAGUACCAGUUCGACUGGCAGCGCGAGGAGGAGGAGGCGGAGGAGCUGGGGCUGAUCCCGCGCCGAGCAGACCAGGACACUGUGGUGGUGUGCGUGUCGCCGACCAUCGCGGAGCAGCAGGGCGGCCUCGAGGAACGGUCAGCAGGCCGACAGGGUCUGCAAGCCACCGUGCACCCGGCCAGCGGGCGCCCGAGCGUGCAGCAGGCCGUCCUGCAGCAUGGGCCUGUCCACACCUCCGGCCAACAGGACUUCGGACAGCAAAGGGUGUCGUCCUCGCAGAGCUACGAGUCGACCUUCCUCAGCAAAGUCGGCAGGAGCUUCGGAUACAGUGCGCAAACCACCACCACCUCGUCGUCGUCAUCGACCAUGGCCUCGGCCCUGGCCACCGCGCCGCUCCGCCCCUAUGAGGACUUCUACGUACCGCCCGCCACGAUGCGCACCGAGCCCGUGCCCCUGCCUCCCGAGACCACCCCCUGGGAGCCGCCCCCGCAUGACGGCGAGUUCCACCCGUACCACAUCCCGCGGGCCGUGUCCCCGGCGGACGGCGCCAAGCGUUGCGUGUCGCCCUUCCUCAGGGACAUCGCCGUCUCGGCCAUUCGCUCCCACUCGCCGCGCCCCGGCGACCACGACCACGAGUUCCUCGACCAGCGCCGCCGGGAGCAGGAGCAGCACUUGCGCCGCGAGGAAGAGCGUCGCCGCCACGAGGAGGAAGAGCGCCGGCGCGGGGAGGAAGAGCGGAAACGGCGCGAGGAAGAGGAGCGACGCCGACGCGAGGACGAGCGCAGACGACGCGAGGACGAGGAGAGGAGGAAGGAGGAGGAACAGCGGCAGAGGCAGAGAGACGAGGAGAGGAGGAGGCGCGAGGAGGAGGACCGACGCCGUGAGGAGGAGAGCCGGAGGCGGCGAGAAGAGGAGGAGAGGAGGCAGCGAGAGGAAGAGCAGUUGAGGCAGCGCGAGGAGGAAGAGCGCCGGAGGGGAGAGGAAGAUCGGAGGCGCCGUGACGAGGAGGACCGGCGGCGGCGCGCCGAGGACGACGAGCGACAGCGGCGCCAGGAAGAGGAGAGGCGGAGGCAGGAGGAGGAGAGACAGCGGCAAGAAGAGCAGGAGCGGCGCCAGGAGGAAGAGGAGAAGCGGAGGCGCGAACAGGAGCAGCACCCCCUUGACCGGAUCUCCAUGAAGGAUGCGCUGACCAUCGCGUCGGAAAGGCCUUACUCGCCGUUCGUCAUCCUACCGCCGCUCGUCGAGUUCACGCCGUGCUGCAUGGCCGAGACAACGCCGUGCCAGCCCAUACCGCUGCAGACCAGCGCACCGUCGGGCCCACCCCAGCAGGCGCGCGGCCCCCAGUUUAACCCCGUGGACAUGCCGCAGCUCCUGCGUCGGCCAAAUGAGGCCCUGGGUGCCUUCCGCCCCUUCCCGUCAUCGUCGUCGACGACCACGUCCACAUCGGAGGGCCGUCGGGUGUCGUCCGUAGCGCUGUGUUCCGUGGUUGAGCACACUGACAUCCGCUCAUCCUCGCCCGUUCGCAAGGACUUCGACGUGUUCGUCCCUCGCUCACCGACCCCUAGGGCUGGGCUCGGCCAACAUCCUGGGCUGGCCCAGGCCUCGCCAGCUGCCCGCCAACCGCUGCCCCUUGACGACCGCAAGCGCAACCCCUUCGUGGAGAAACCACUUAGAUCGCCGAUCUCGGUCCCGCGGUACCAGCAGACCUCGAGCUCCGCGCCGCCGCCACCCCCGCGAACCGCUGGGUCACCCGCCGGGCCGGGGUCCCCCUCGCAGGGUCGCAGGGAGCAGCCUGCCGUCGGCGUCACACCAUCAACGCCCCAAGCACCGCUGCCGCAGCCUACGUAUGUUCGCAAGACGCCACCGCCUAGCCCGAGACCGACUGGCGGGCAGAGGACGACGCCCACCCCCGGGUACGCCGUGUCACCCCUGGCGGGCCGAGCGUCCGUGUUCGGCCACCACGGCUUGCGCGCGGCCGCGCCCGCCUUCAGCCGCGAGCGCCAGGGACCCGCGUCCGAGCCGCGCCGCUCUCAGCCCGGCAUCCCCAAACAGGCGGGGCAACACCUACCCCACAAACCAUCCCCCUUGUGCACGCCCCCACCUGCCUUCACCCUCCCGGACCCCGAGCCUGAGGACCCCGUACCCCAGCCCCAGCCUCAGCAGGACAGCAGGCGUUCAUUCCAGAGAGUGGCAGACUCACCCCCCGCAGUGGCCCCCUCGCCAUCCCCUGCUCAGCCCCGC